UUCGGUUCAAAAAGUCAUGCAGAAUGUGCUCGGUUCUCACCAGAUGGGCAGUUUCUUGUUUCUUGCUCUGUAGAUGGAUUUAUUGAGGUCUGGGAUUAUAUAAGUGGGAAACUCAAGAAGGAUCUUCAGUACCAGGCUGAUGAAACGUUCAUGAUGCAUGAUGAUCCGGUCCUUUGUGUUGAUUUUAGCAGAGACUCAGAGAUGAUCGCUUCUGGUUCACAAGAUGGGAAAAUCAAAGUGAGUUAUGAGUUCAUCUUUAGUAGGAUGUCACU